UCGAUUUUUAUUUUAUUGCAAAUGGAAUCAUAACAGUGGAUUGCAGUGUAACUUGAAAUGCUUAUUUCAGAAAGAAAAUGUAACAAAGAAUUUUGAUUGUUGUCUUCUACAGCUGCAAUACUUAGUGAUAUUAAUUGAAUUAACCUUAUUUCUAUUUCCCUUGUAUGAGUCUCGGUCCUCAAAAUGUCGCCUCGUAAACAGCCAUGUAGUUUAUUCAAGUUGUGCAUCAAAAGCUGCGUCAAUUUAAUUAAUUCUGCUUGCUAUGUUAUUGAGAAAAGUUAUCCAGAGAAUAUGUUUGACGAAUAUGAGAGUCAUUUCUUGGAUUUGAAGUGCCAUCUGAUGUCAAUGCUGCCAGUCAGGUUAUUUGAUGUCCUCUGUUCGGAAAGAACAUGCUGCCAAUACCGAGGAGACCCUCGAGUCCAGCUCCAUGUCCUCACGCAUCCCAACAUGACCGUCUUCCGCAAAUGCGACCUUGACAACGGCAUACCACAACAUUUCUGGAUCGAGACCUUGUCUAACUUCAGCCGUUUAGUUGUCUUAGAUCUCAAAUUCAUCUGUACCGAUGAAAUACUCCAAGUUAUCGGCGUUAGCUGUCCCCUACUCGAAGAAAUCAACAUUGUCUCUAGAGUAGACAUCUGUAAAUAUCUCUUCAACGCUUCUGUUCUAGUUAGAAAUGUCUCCGAUGCUGGUCUUUGUUCUAUUGCACAUUUGAAACAUCUACGAGUUCUGGCUAUGGACCCGCCGCGGAAUGAGAGAGCAAAUCGCGUCGGUCGCUGUGUAUCUCAAGCUGGCAUCAUAAUGUUAAUCAGCGAGCUUCCAUUUUUAGAGGAGUUGAGGAUAGAGUCGUGUGAUAUUGGGUCGACGUUGAUAGGUACCGUCAUGGACAUUGGACCUUUGAGUCUCAGGAAAAUUAACAGCCAUUUUGCAUCAGCAGAUGGCAUCAGAAAGCUUAUAAAAAUUUGCCCAUUUUUAAGGGAAUUAUCAGUCACACAUCUGUCAGAACACAACAAAGAUGCAAUAUUGGAUCAGAUAUCUUUGAGUGAUUUACGGCUAAACAGGUUGGAUUUAUCAUUCUUCUCCUAUACGGAUUCAAUGCAGCAACUUUUAACUAUAAAAGGCAACUAUUUAACUCACUUCUCUCUUUGGGAGAUUGACCAUUCAUUGACAUUGGAUGCAGUGUUAUCUAUAGGACAGUUCUGUCCUAAUAUAAGUACCUUGUGUCUUAUGACUCAGUCAAAGUGUCUUGCUAUACCUAGGUAUUUCAAGCGACCAGAAAAAAUAUUCUCUAAGCUCAAAAGUUUAACAAUAGGGAAUGAGAAUUUUAACAUAGAUCAAAUACUGACAUUCUUUCUCGAUUGUACUCAGAACUUAGAGAAACUGGUUUUGAAGUAUCAGACGAUUACUAAUUUAGAUUCUACGUUAAUGCAUUUGUUAGAGAAAGGUAGUUUCAAGAACAUAAAUUUUCUAUGGUUGGACUGCACUCUGGAGGUGUCCAAAGAGGUUGUGAAACAUGUGAUUCACACAUGCGAAAAGUUACAGAUGUUCACCGUGGACUUUACGGAAGAAAUGACAGAUGUAAUUAAAUAUAUUAAUGAGAAUAAUUUGGAUUUGAAGCUAGGUAGCUAUUAGCAUUCACUGUUUGUAUAUUUCAAUGUAAAAUAAUUUAGAAAUAAAUAUUUUAUUAUUUUUUACUCAA